AUGGCGGAGCCUCCGCCGCUCCCGCCCGAGCGUCCUCCCCUCACCGCGGCAACCAACGACAAGGCGGCCCCGCGAGUUGAUGGGCAGCCGCGCGCACCAAUCAGAGAGCGGAUCCGCCUCGAGGGCGGUGCUGAUUGGCGGCUGAGCUGCCUGUGCCCGCCCCCCACGCGGCUCGUUGCCGUGGUAACGGGAAGGCGGUUGCAGUUAAACGGGGAAGGCCGCGGUGGCGGCCCCGAGCUGCGGAGGGCUGAGGGGGAAUGCCGGGGAUUUUGGGAGGCUUUAAGACACGCAACAUGGAGAAGCCAGAGCCCACUCUCAGCUUUCUGGAGUCUUCCAGAAGAAUCCUGUGUGGGAAGCAGCCUGGGAGCAGGGUUUAUGUGCCAGAGGAGGGUCUCUCUGCAGAGCCAUCCUACCUUCCAGCAGAUCAACACAUGUCCCAACCUUGGUGUCAUCUCCAAACUCACUAAUGAAGGACUCAAUCCCCUCAUCCGUGGGAUCAGUGAAGGCAUUGGACAGAGCUGGCCCCAGCGCAGAGCCCUGAGGGCCAGCACUGGAAUCUCGGAUCCCUCAGAACUUCCAGGACUUUGGGAUGUGAUUAAGGAUCAUCAAACCCCGGCUCUUCCCUCCCAGGCCGGGUGGGAAUGCCGUAAAUCCCAAUAAAACCAGCGGAGCAUUAAAGGAGUCGGGAGUGAUCCAUAAAAAACCAUGAAAAGAGCCAGAUGUGACUCCCAGAGCAGGAGCAAAUCCCGGCUGUUGUUCCCUGGCAGCUUUGGAAUGUGGUUUGUCCUUCCUGAUCCAUCCUCAGCCA